AUGGCCACUGGACAAUCUCUUGUCGGCACUCUCCCAGCUUGCAAAUCCGCUCGUCCGGGCAAUCUUGGGCGAGCCACUCAAUGGGUUCAGGUUCGCUCGGCUGGUCUUGCGGAUGGUUACAGCGCUCGAGUCCGAGAGCGAUCUGCGGCUGGUGCCGAGCCAACCGGCAAGCCUUCCGCAUGCUCAUCGAGCGGCCCCGAUCUCCAUCCGUUUGACUGGCUCUUGCGCGAGGAGCGCCAGUUCGACCGGGACGGCUACGAGCUCGACGGGGUUCCUGAGGACCCCUCACGCCUCCUCACCGACAACAUUGAGACCCUCUUCGGGCUUUGGCAGUCAUCCUGGUCGCUCAAAAAGCGUCUGACGAGCGAGACCGAGGCCGAACCGGUGUUGUUGCCAACCCUGAAGGGCGUGACGAGGCUGGUGCAGGCAAUCAGGACGGAGCAAACCGUGAUCUUACUGAAGAUGGUGAUCAGUAGAUUCGUGGCAGACCGGACCCCGCCGCAGACGGUAGAUGAGGCGCGGUCGAAGUACCUCUACAACCCUCAGGCCCGACUGACCGACAUCGAGCGGACCCGACUGAUCGAAGCACAUCUGAGGGUGGGUGGUGAGCUCAGUCGAAGAUUUAUCAUCGACCCUUGCACCUCCUUCCUCCUGUAUUGCAUUGUUCCCUCCGUCGAAGAUCUCAAACUCCUUCACGCUUUCCUCAUCCAAAUCAACCCUGCAAAAGCGACCCAGUUUUGGAAACAUCAUCCCGCUGUGGUAAGCCAAUCCUGA